AAUGAGUGCCUGCAUAUAUACUUGUCUUCUUUAAUUAAUAGCAGGUAUCAUCUAUCCACUCAGACAGACUUACUAAGCUUAUAAAUUACAAGAGAAAUUAUAAAUUUGGAUUGUCUAUUGGAUUUUGAUGAGUUCAAUAUAUUUAUUAGAGGAAAUAUCAUUCGGAGUAUUGUUCAUGUAUUUAUUAAAUAUAAAUUAAUAGGAUUCCAGGAUAUUCAAUACUUAAGACUUUCUAUGCAGUCUGGUUAUAUCAUGAAAAAACUCAAGGAGCAUUACUUAUUGGCACAUUGCUUAAACCUGUAUUUAACAAAAUUAAAGUAAUUAUGGCUCCAAUUUAAGAGAAAUUAGAUAUUCUUGAAAAAGUUAAAUGA